CUGAAAAACCCUUUUCUUUCGCCUUACGCCAAGGGUAAGGGGUGUGCAUAGGAGGUUGAAUUAAAUUUGCUGAAUGCUUUCUUAUUUUGAAGUACCUACUGUAAUCUGUUCCUGUAACUAUUGUCUUUUAUACGUUUGGAUACGUUCCACUGCAACAACCAACGCUCCUCAUCAAAUACAAGAUGCUUCACACAGUGACUGGACCAGGGGCUCUGGCCUUUGCUGUGCAGUUGAAGGCCUUGACUGACCAGGAAUUCAGGUACCAGCCCAAGCUGAGCGGGCUGAGGAUCAUUGAGACGGCCCAUGACAACGGCCUGAGGAUGACCGCCCGGCUCAGGGAGUACGAGGUGAAGGACCUCCUGUCUCUGACCAGGUUCUUUGGCUUCAGUGCAGAGACCUUCUCCCUGGCCGUCAACCUGCUGGAUCGCUUCGCUGUCAUGAAGAUCCAGCCGAAGCACCUGUCAUGCGUGGGCCUGUCCUGUUUCUACAUCGCUGUGAAGACCACGGAGGAGAAGAAGAAUGUCCCCAUGGCCAACGAGCUGAUCCGGAUCAGCCAGAACCGCUUCACUGUGUCUGACAUGAUGAGGAUGGAGAAGAUCAUUCUGCAGAAACUCUACUGGAAGGUCAAAGCCCCCACAGCCCUCUACUUCCUCAGGCUGUUCUACAGCCGGAUACAGGACACGCUUGAAGAUGACUGCAAGGAGAUCAUGAACGUUGAGAGACUAGAAGCACAGCUGAAAGCCUGCCAUUGCUCUUUCACUUUCUCCAAAGUCAAGCCCUCUCUGCUUGCCCUGUCCUUGUUGGCCUUGGAGCUUCAGGAGCAACAUGACCAUGAGCACAUAGACCAGCUGCUCAACACCUUCCGGUGUCUACAGCAGCAACUCACUGUCCGAGAAGGAGACCUGGUUAUCGUGACAGAGUUGGUUAUGAAGUGUCUCAUUGAGUAUUCAACCACCAGGGUCUCCAGGCCCAACAGCCAGAGGCUUCGUUGGAUCCUCUCUGGCAGAACGCAACGCACGUUGAAACACAGCUACUACAAGAUCGCCCAUAUGCCCACAAUCCCCGAGUCCGCCUACUGAACCCUGGGGCUGGGUGACCACUGAUA